AUGACUUUUUCUUUAAAAAUUGGAAGCCCUUACACCGGAAUCUGGGAAAGAACGCAAUCAAGAGUUUUUCAAUUAUUGUCAGACGUGUUUCUUAUAGCAACCUUUAUGAUUGAUAAAUUAAAAGCUCUAUCAUCUGAAACCAUGGGUGGAUUUUAUGUUGAAGCUCAAGAGUUUGGAAUUUAUCAAGCAAUUGAUUGGAUUUCUCGGGAGGAAACUUCAUUCCGGAAUCGAGUCAAUGGUGUAAGAAGAAUACGCAAAAUUAUUGAGAAAGGUAAAGCAGAUUCUGUUAUUAGAUUGGGAAUAGUUUCACGCCUCGCUGAAUUACUUGAAAAAACAAAAAAUGAUGAAAUCCAGGGUGAAAUAAUUUGGACAUUAGCGAAUAUAGCAGCUGGACCGUCGCGACACACAAAGCUCAUCAUGAACAAAUGCACUGAAAUUUUCCUUUCAAUAUUAAAAGCAACAAAAUCUAUUGAAGUUAAGAAGAAUAUCAUUUUGGCUUUUGGAAAUAUAGCUGGUGAUAAUGCAGGAUUUCGUGAUAAUCUGUUGAAUGCUGGUGUCAUGUCACAUUGUCUAACAUUAUUGAGUGAACUUAAUUCUCUUGAAGCAGAACGGAACUAUCUCUGGUUAUUGUCUAACUUAUGUAGACACAAAGAUCCUUAUCCAAAAUUUAUGCAGAUUUCCGAAUGUGUUCCAAUUCUGAAAGCUUAUCUUGAUCACUCUGAUGAAGAAAUUCUUAACACUGCAUGUUGGUCGUUUAAUUACAUCUCGCAUUUUGAAAGAUCUGCUGUACUUGAUAAGGAUACAAUUUCAAAAUUCGUUAAACUUCUAAGUCAUCAAUCAAAGAAGAUUGUUGCUUCUGCUUUAGUUGUUUGUAACAAUGUUGCCUCAGAAACUGUUGACGAAAUUCAAAUGCUUGUUGACUGCGGCAUUCUGAAAGAACUUCCAAAGCUUCUUUAUAUCAAAGACGUUACAAUCCUAAAUCGUGUUUUUAUUUUGAUUUCUUAUAUAACUGCCAAAGGAAUCACUCACAUUCAGUCACUCGUCGAUAACAACAUUCUUGAAGAUCUCAUAAAUAUUUUCAAAGAAAAUGGAGAUUACAAACAAGAAAUACUUUAUCUCAUAAAGAAUCUUAUUUGUAACGGGGACGAAAAUCAAAUCAAUUAUGCUCUUUCAAUUGGCUGCAUUGAUAUAUUGUUUGAGGGAUUAAUUAUGUCGAAAGAAAUCUGUGUUAAUCUUGCUAUUGAGAGCUUUCUUAACCUUAUUAUUGAAGAAUGUAAUUUUGACAUAAAUAUUUACGUUUUUAAAGAUAUUGCAAAAAGAUUGCUUGAUUUUCAAAACAAUAAAAAUCAAGAUAUUGGAAAACUUGUUCGAGCUUACAGCAAAAAAUUCUUGUACUAA